GUUUGAGCUGUAUGCGUUCUGAUUGAGCUCGAUCGCAACGUGCAGCGCCGCGAAGAACGGGAUCGGACAUCCAUUCCUGCAGCUGCAGGCAGUGGCAACCCCAUGCACGCACGUUCUGGUCCAUGACAACAGGAGCUAGCGCUGGCUGCUAUAUAAAUCAAUCUAUAGCAACAUUCCAAGAGCAUAGGACGAGCUAGCAAGCACACGAUCCAUCUGCAACCAGCAGAGCGAGUACGUUGCACUGCACGAGCGAAAAAAAUGGCCAAGGUUGCCGCCCUGACGAUCACCUUGCUCGGGCUCCUGGUGUCCGUGACAUGCCAGGGCAGCACUUACCCUGCUCAGCAGCAGCAGGAGGCUUCGUCGUCGUCGUCUAGCCCUGGUUGCAUUCUGCGAGGGUGGAUCCCGUUCUUGCCUCCUUGCCGCGACGACCAAGCCCCAACGCCAAACCCUCUCCCUCCUCCCUCAGGGGCAGGGCUCACCGUGGGCUACUACAAGAACUGCCCUGGCGCUGAAGGUAUCGUGAGGGAGGCCGUGGAGAAGGCCAUGGACAACGGAAACCGCGGCAUUGGCGCAGGACUCGUUCGUAUCUUCUUCCACGACUGCUUUGUUCGGGGGUGCGAUGCUUCCGUUCUCCUGAGGAACACCAGCGGCUCCAGCAACCAGACGGAGAUGUUCGGCCUGCCCAACAUAAACAGCCUCCGCGGGUUCCAGGUCAUCGACGACGCCAAGGCCGAGCUCGAGAAGGCAUGCCCCCGCACGGUGUCGUGCGCAGACAUCGUCGCCUUCGCCGCACGCGACGCCACGCGCAACCUCAGCUACGGCGCCAUCGACUUCCAGAUGCCGGCGGGACGCCUGGACGGCCGCGUGUCCCUCAAGGAGGAGGCCGAGAAGAACCUCCCGGGUCCGUUCGACAGCCUCGACGACCUCCAGAAGAGCUUCGCUGCCCAGGGCCUCGGCUUCAACGACAUGGUCACGCUCUCCGGCGCGCACAGCAUCGGCGUGGCCCGCUGCAGGUUCUUCACCAACCGCCUGCCGCCUAACCCCUCGGACAUGGACCGCGACCUCGCCAGGAGCCUAAAGGCGACCUGCGACCAAAACGGACUCGACUCCAAGGUGGUGCAGGACCCCGUGACGCCAGUUGCCCUGGACAACCAGUACUAUAAGAACGUGCACAACGGCAAGGUGCUCUUCACGUCGGACGCCGCGCUCAACUCCACUGACGACGCAAGGAAGGUGGUGGACGGCUUCGCCAACAACGCGGUAGACUGGUACCGCGCGUUCGCCGAUGCCAUGGUGAAGAUGGGCAACAUCAGGGAUAGGACCAUCAACAGACCCAAGCCCGAGAUCAGGGAGAAGUGCUUCAUUUACAAUACCUACUGAUCGACACGAUAUCAACAUUAAGACGUUCCACGAGAUCCUGGAGGAGUCUGUUUGUUUUGAUAUUUUCCUCUUGCAUUCAUUAUCAUGCGAUUGAUUUCCCUUUUAUUUGCAUCCAAAAAUGUCAUGCUGAGAUUUUUGUUGUAAAAGGACUUUGAAUUCAAGCAAUACAUUUUAUUUGUCCACA